CCGCCACCCACCACCCACCGCGGACUAAUCCCGGACUAAUUCCGGAUCCGGAUUCAGCAACAACGCCGCCGUGGAUGCCCAUGCUCGCACCCUGGGAGGACUCUCCCAGGACUUUGGCAUGGGCGGCGGCCCGGGGGCGGGUCCGCCCGCCCACAUGUACGGCGCCGUAGCCCCGCAGGACAUAAUUGUCCGGGACAUGGUGCAAAUGCCGCCGCCGCCGUCGAACGCCCCCACAUCGGCGGACGCCUGCCUGAGCAUCGUCCACUCGCUGAUGUGCCACCGGCAGGGCGGCGAGAGCGAGGGCUUCGCCAAGCGGGCCAUCGAGUCGCUGGUGAAGAAGCUCAAGGAGAAGCGCGACGAACUGGACUCCCUGAUCACGGCCAUCACCACGAACGGAGCGCAUCCCAGCAAGUGCGUGACCAUCCAGCGCACCCUCGACGGGCGUCUGCAGGUUGCUGGUCGCAAGGGCUUUCCGCACGUGAUCUACGCCAGGAUUUGGCGCUGGCCCGACCUGCACAAGAACGAGCUCAAGCACGUCAAGUACUGCGCCUUCGCCUUCGAUCUCAAGUGCGACUCGGUGUGCGUGAAUCCCUACCACUACGAGCGCGUCGUCUCGCCGGGCAUCGAUCUCUCCGGUUUGAGCCUGCAGUCGGGUCCCAGUCGCCUGGUGAAGGACGAGUACUCGGCGGGUCCGCUGGUGGGCAGCAUGGACAUCGAUGGCAACGACAUCGGCACCAUUCAGCACCAUCCCACGCAAAUGGUGGGUCCCGGCGGCUACGGAUAUCCACAGGGACCCUCUGAAUAUGUUGGCGAGGCCAAUCCCAUGAGUGCAAUGUUUCCCAGCGGGCGCACAAUACCAAAAAUUGAGCCGCAGGAUGGUGUUGCUGGGUCGCGUGGCUCCUGGAUGGUGCCACCGCCACCGCGGCUGGGUCAGCCACCGCAGCAGCAACAACAGCAGCAGCAGCCACCCCCGCAAGCCCCUCAGCAGCAGCAGCCCCAAUCCCAGGCAGCUGCUCAUCCGCUUUCUGUACCUCAUGGAAUGCCCGGCAUGCCUGGCCCCAUGAAUCCCGGCCCCGUGAUGGCGCCCCCACCUCCUCCGCAACAGGCUCAGAAUCCCCAGGGAAAUGGAGGUGGUCAUCAUGCCCAGGCCAAUUCGCCCACCGAUCCCGCCUCCGCCUUAGCGAUGCAACAGCAGCAGCAACAGCAGCAGCAGCAACAACAGCAACAGCAGGCAGGUGGAGUGCCCAAUGGAGCGGUCAAUGCUAGCGGAGGAGCGGCAUCCGGAGGCCAGUACUAUGGACAACCUCCGCCAGGCAGUCAGAUGCAAGGUGCCGGUGGUCCCGGCUCCUCGGUUCCUCCGCCCGUCCAUGCCCAGCAGAAUGGUUAUGUGCCGCAGCAGCCGGGAUCCGCGGGAGCAGCUGCCGUCGGAGGAGGCGGCGGCGGCGUCGUCUUUGGCACAGCUCAGCCCACCGCCCAGCAGGCACAGCAGCCACCGAGCCAGGUGCAAGCCAAUGCCGGGUCCGCUGGGGCUCAGGCAGGCGGAGGAGGCGGUGCAGCUGGCACCUGGACAGGACCGAACACCCUCACCUACACGCAGUCCAUGCAGCCACCCGAUCCGCGCUCUUUACCCGGUGGUUUCUGGAACUCUACGCUGCCUGGUGACCUGGGAUCGCCGCAACAGACGCCGCCGCAGCAGCAACAGCAGCAGCAACAGCCACGCCUCCUCUCCCGUCAGCCGCCGCCGGAAUACUGGUGCUCCAUCGCCUACUUUGAGCUGGACACGCAGGUGGGCGAGACCUUCAAGGUGCCGUCGGCGAAACCGAACGUCAUUAUCGACGGCUAUGUGGAUCCCUCGGGCGGCAAUCGCUUCUGCCUGGGUGCUCUCAGUAAUGUUCAUCGCACAGAGCAAUCGGAACGCGCUAGGCUACACAUCGGCAAGGGCGUGCAGUUGGAUCUGCGCGGCGAGGGAGACGUCUGGCUGCGCUGCCUCAGCGACAACUCGGUGUUCGUACAAAGCUAUUAUCUGGAUCGCGAGGCGGGACGCACACCUGGCGAUGCGGUGCACAAGAUUUACCCGGCGGCGUGCAUCAAGGUUUUCGACCUGCGCCAGUGCCACCAGCAGAUGCACUCGCUGGCCACCAAUGCUCAGGCGGCGGCCGCAGCUCAGGCAGCAGCCGUGGCCGGAGUGGCCAAUCAGCAGAUGGGCGGCGGCGGCAGAAGCAUGACAGCGGCGGCUGGAAUCGGCGUGGACGACCUCCGACGGCUGUGCAUCCUGCGGCUGAGCUUCGUCAAGGGCUGGGGACCCGACUAUCCCCGGCAGUCCAUCAAGGAGACGCCCUGCUGGAUCGAGGUGCAUCUGCAUCGCGCCCUCCAGCUGCUCGACGAGGUGCUCCACGCCAUGCCCAUCGACGGGGCCUCCGGCUAAUCCGUAUUCAUUAGCGGAACCCCACAUCUUCUACGUUAAGCAGCUAUCCAUUCGGCUUUUCAUUUUUAACUCUGAUUACGAUUAUGUUUGCCUUUGAUUAUUUAAUAAUGAUUUUUAUAAAAAAUUGAAACAAUCUAGCAGUCUAAGUAUGCAGCUGUAAAGCACUAAGCAUCUAGUUUUAUGUACUAUACUUAAAUAUACAUACAUACACACGGAACACCGGAGAUAAUUGACAAGCGGCAUGCGUUUAUUGCCCAUUUCCUGCCACGAAAAUAACGACAGAAGCAUACACAGCAUUACAAUCAUCCAUGCCGCAGGGCGAAACAAAAGGAAACAUCGAUGCACCCAUAAAUAUAAAUACAAAUACAUACAUUUGAUGUAAAAUGCAAGUAGUUGUAACAUAAGUGUAAUAAACAGAUCAUCAGAACAUGA